AUGGCCGUCGCUCUUCCCAAGGAAAUCACCUUGCCCAAGGAGGUUGUGCCUCAAGCAGUUGUUGCUGCCAUGGAUGAGGUCGAGGGUAACCCAUGGACUCUCGUCUCGCCCGAUGGCACCUGCGGUGGUGACACCAAAUACACCUGCAUUGGCUCUCGUUUCGGCGACUGCUGCAACACAUACGGAUACUGCGGCAUCACAGACGCUUUCUGCGGCGCAGACUGCUUCAACCUCGCUGGUCUCUGCAGCGCCGACAUGUCAGGCUCCGGCACCAUCAACCGCCCCAAGGCCACUCACGUCCCCUGGAAACCCACUGUCCACCACGACCCUCACUUCAAGCCCUCGUACGUGAUCGACAAUGGCGAGAGAGCCCCCAACCAAGUCUGGUCAUGA